GGUCUCGUUGUCUGUUGACAGCUAACAGGAAAUCCUCUCCAGCCUCUUGUUGUUUUUGUUUUUUUUUCCUGGUCACAAAACGGUUUAAUUUUUCUACUGUUAUCUGUGAAAGAAGCGGCUUCGACCGGACACAAGAAGACCGGGAUGGAGGAGUUUCAGAACGGAAACGAGAGCUCAUUCAACCCAGAAGAAGCUGAUAGCAUCGUUAAAGAGUGCAUUGAGAGCUUGGUGGGAAAAGAGGACUACAGUCAGAACCAGGUGAACAAAUGGACCUCCAGCAUCGUGGAGCGCUGCAUCACUCAACUCGUCAAACUGGGGAAGCCCUUCAAAUACAUCGUGACGUGUGCUGUGAUGCAGAAGACAGGAGCUGGUCUUCACACAGCAAACUCCUGCUACUGGGACACUGCCAUGGACGACACACACACACACACACACACACACACACACACACACACACACACACACACACACUGGGAGCAGGCGUGUCAGUGUCUUGUAUGAGCAGCAGGGGGUGACAGAGUGCCACAGGCUGCUGUUCUGCAGAGCUUCAUUAUUUAAUAUUCAUGUUUUCAUGUGAGUUCAGCUUCAGGUCUGAUUAUUCGGAUGAAUUCAAUGUGUUUGUAUCGUGUCCGACAAAUGUUUUGUAUCAGAGAUGCAGGAAAAUAAACACAUUCCUGAAUUAAA